CUGGCGGGCGAGCGCGGUGGUCCUGGCUCUGCGGCGGCUGUAGGCGCGGGGGCGAGCUGGGGGCGGAGGAGCGCGCCGGGAGGAGUGUGUAGGGCGCGGUAGCCCGAGCGUGCUGCCCUCCUGUGGUCACGAGCGAGGACUCCGGGAGAGUCGGGGCCGAGCUCGGGCCCGAGCGCGCAGUGCGCUGGGGCUGGGGCGGGAAGCGGGAGCCCGCGACGGGAAGCGGGGACCCGCAGCGUCGGCGCUGGCCGGGGUUCGCGGGAGCCGCGCGGCCUCCGUCCUCGCUGCGCACUGGCUCGUCCGGGAGCGUGGCUGGAGGACACGGAGGACAGCAGGAAGAGCGCGUUAGAGAAACGGAAAGCUAGAAGCUGCGCCCUGGAGACCAGGCGGAGAGAGCUGGGGGGUCGGGGCAGCUGCGCACCUGCCGGGUGGACCCCGCUCCAGGGUAGGGUGCGCAGAAGAACUUCCGGAAGGCUUUACACGUGCGGAGGUUAAAGAUCCAGAAGCAUGAACUGAGGUGUUUGACUUGACUUCCCAUUCCUCAAGCCUGCUGAGUCAGCUCCCGCACCGCCGAGCCUGCUCUGUGCCCGAACGGAGAUCUACCAGAUCGUGCACUGUGUGGUUCUCGUUGCCCUGUCGCCUCUCGUUAAAUUGAUCCUAGGAAGGGAUCUUACUGUAUUAACUGUCCCUGAAAGAACGUUUUAAGAGCUCUUUAGAAAUUCUUGUACAGUAUACGGACAUCUUUGGUACCUAGAUUAUAUCAGUGGCUUUUCGAAAGGUCGCAGUUGAAAUGUUUGAAGCUCUUGCUCUUUUUAUUUAAUGUUUUCAGGGGACUACCCAGAUUUUCAUUUCAAGAACUUUGUGUAUUGUAACAAGUAGCAAAACGUAGAAAAUGCUCUCUCCUUUAAUAUUUUUUAGUUUCCAUAACACGGUGAGCCUCAGCAGAGGCCAUCAGCACUCAACAGUUAGGCCUGUGGACCUGCCAGUUGGUAGACCUUGGUUAAUUUUGCAUAGAUUUUGGAGCUGAUGGAUUCAGAGUUCUUCUUUCUCCUUAAAUGGGGAGCGCUAGGGGAGUGGGGCGGCCGGCAGGCUUUCGUUAUGCAGUUCAGUCUGGCCUUGAAUUUGUUGUGUGGCCUAGGCUGGUCUUGAACUCUCCACGAUCCUACUGCCUCAGGCUCCUGUGUGCUGGGAUUACAGGAGACUGUGCAGUCUUUUUAACUGAUGAAGACCAAGGCUCUGGCUUCCUGUAAUUCUGGAGUGGAGUCACCCAACAAAACACUUAAGUCCAGUUAAAAUAUAGGCAUUAGGAAUAGAGACUGCCACAAACCCUGGAGUCGCUUCAUUGGCUUUCCCGCUUCUUUUGCAUCCCAAAGCAUAAGCUUAAAUCGUCUCAGAAGGAAAAGGUCCGCCAGUUCAUGGCCUGUACUCAGGCUGAUGAGAGAACUGCUAUCUACUGCCUAACACAGAAUGAGUGGAAACUAGAUGAGGCCACAGACAGCUUCUUCCAGAAUCCAGACGUAUACUACAGGGAAUCCAUGCAGAAUGCUGUGGACCAGAAGAAGCUGGAGCAGCUAUAUGGCAGGUACAAAGAUCCACAAGAUGAAAACAAAAUUGGAAUUGAUGGAAUUCAACAGUUUUGUGAUGAUUUAAACCUGGAUCCUGCCAGUAUCAGUGUUUUGGUAAUAGCGUGGAAGUUCAGAGCUGCCACUCAGUGUGAAUUUAGCAAAAAAGAAUUUGUAGAUGGCAUGACAGAGCUUGGGUGUGAUAGCACAGAAAAGCUGAAGGUUCUUCUGCCCCGAUUGGAACAGGAGCUUAAGGACUCUGCAAAGUUUAAAGACUUUUAUCAGUUUACCUUUAGCUUUGCUAAGAACCCUGGGCAAAAGGGUUUAGAUUUGGAAAUGGCGGUUGCCUAUUGGAAAUUAGUAUUGUCUGGAAGGUUUAAAUUUUUAGAUCUUUGGAACACGUUCUUGCUGGAACAUCACAAAAGAUCAAUUCCAAGGGAUACUUGGAACCUUCUGCUAGAUUUUGGAAACAUGAUUGACGAUGACAUGUCCAACUAUGAUGAAGAAGAUCACACAAGACACGUGCUGUUGAGGCUGAUGGAAAAGUGCCAACUUCUGCCCAUUUCCCUACACGUGGCUACACAUACUGUGCCCUCAGUGCUUCGGAGCACCACACCCAGGUCCUGGGCAGUCGAGGGUGCUGCACCCUGGAAGGUGUACUGCGCCCUGCAAGGCGCCCUUUCCAUGCAGCAGUGUCCUCCCCAGGACUUGCUGGGGCAGCCUCUCCGCACCUCGUCCCGCAGCCUUGCCCUUUCAUUUUGCACCAGCUGCAUUCUCUUCCUCACUAGCUCAGCCCCUGUCUUUGUGUCCUCAACACUUACCUCGUAACACCUACUGAUGCUUGCGAAUAGAGUCUGUUAAUGUAGCCUGCCCAGCUUCCAGGAGCGUGAGCUGUAGCUAGUGAGGUGAGGCCCUCUGCAGAAAGAUAGCCUGAGGCAGGCUGUGUUGUAUGACCAGGAGCUGCAGGGCCCAAAGGGCCCCCACCUUUGGAAGGGGUCCUUGUGGGAGACUAGGCAGGGAGGCAGUGCUCCUGGUGGCAGGGACACCCCAUGACUCCAGAGAAAUGGCUCUUUCCACCCUAGAGCAGGUGGGCCCAUUUCUCUGCACUCCAAGAUAGCGCUUCCUGACUGCCUGGAGCUGGCUGGGGACCUCAUGGUCACAGAAUGCCUGGUCACUGAGGGUGUAUGUUAUCCUCACCAGGCAUGUCCCACCUGCCACUUGCUGACCCUGGCUGCCUGGAGAAAAAUGCUGACCCUGGAUGCCUGGGUGAAGCAUGAGCUCUGUGAAUUUCAAAUCAUUUGAAUUCUUGAAAUACAAAUGUUAGAUUUUGAAGAAAAUGCUUUGAAUAUAAGAAAUGGCUGUAGCACUGGCUGAGAUGGUUUGUACUUGCCAGUAAAAACACAGCCCUGGGCUCACGCUCCAACCCUGACAAUAAGAAAUUGCCAUGGCACCGAUUUUAAAGGUCUUUGUGUUUGCUCCCCCUUUAGGAGCCUGGCCUGUCCUCAUAGAUGACUUUGUGGAGUAUGCACGGCCAGUAGUCUCAGGUGGAAAACGCCGCCCCUUCUAGGAGGAAGAAGACGUGCAUCCUGUAGAGAGAUGUGUGGGUCAGUUGCUGUGUCUGUCGCUGCUCCCGCAGCCACCUUGCUGGUCGUGGGCUGGAGCCUGUACUCUGCUUCAAGGCCACAGUGGCCAUGGUGCCACUCCAGGAGAAGCACCUUGUAGGACAGCUGCUGGGGCCCGUGGAGAUACGUCGUCACUGUUGCUGCUUUGGGAGGCUGCCCGUGACCUAAAUUCACACAGAAUAACCAGUACUGUUCGCAGGACUGCAGAGCCUGCUGUUCAACCUGUGACUUAGGAGAACACCGGCAGUUACAAACUGCUGGGUUACCGGAAUUACACAUAAAGCGCAGUGUGUGUGUUUUGGGUAGAGUGGUGUUUUUCUAUACAAGUCAGAGCUGUUAAAAAUGUGCCCUAGCUGGGUGUGGUGGUGCACACCUGUAAUCCCAGCACUCGGGAGGCUGAGGCAUGAGGAUUGCUGUGAGCUCGA